AUGUCUAACUUCAGUCUAGAUGCCUCCAAGUUCCUGGCACAAUCACAGUCGCGCCUCAGCUUCGCCGGAACUGAUCGGCCAGCACCAGAUCGAUCGCGAAGACAGAACAACCAGACAGGAUGGCGAGCUUCAGCCGCUUCGAAACCGUACAUUUCUAGGAUCGGCAAUCCGUACCAGCCAUCCUCCUCACAAGUCUCUGGUUUUCCCUUCUCGUCUCGCCUGCAUCCACAGCAGGCCCCGCUCUUCUACAGUGCAACCGAUGAGUUCAGAGAGAACAAUGACGAGGAGGAGCAUGAGAAGGAGCUGGCAGACUACUAUGCGUUGCAGAAGUCAAGACGGCAGCUGGGAGGGAAAGAUCUGGAAGAAUCGUCCGAGCUAGAAGAUGAAGGGAGCAGGAGCCUAGGUACUGGUGAUGAUGGACGGGAAACAGAUGAUCGAGGCUUCGGAAGGGGAGGAGGGAUCAGGAGCUCGUGGAGAGGUGACUACAAAUCUGGGAGAGGUCGGGGCAAAGAUGUCGACCGGAUGGCGGAACAGCUAGAAGCAGACGGCAACGACGGACGAAGUGAAAGAAGCAGUCGAAGCCAGGCCAGAAUGGUCGAUGUUGGACUUGAAGACACCAUGAGAAGCGACCUCGAUGAUGACGAACCCCUGCCAAACUACAUGGAUGAUCCCCCUUCGAUACAACAGUUCGGAAAGCCGCUCCGCGCGUCGCAUCCACGAUUUGGCGUCGACUCAACAGUCUUUCCUCACGAAACAGACCAGCAGACUCUGCUGGAACAUCCCAGACCACCAUCCUCGUCCGGUGAUGAUGUUCCUGCUCUCAUGGCUCAGGUAGCUGCCGACCCACCUUGUCAUGACGCUUUCUGGGGCCACCUCUACCUGCUGUGCCUCGCAGCCACAUUCGCGACCUGGUUCCUGGUCUGGCUCCACACCAAUGCUCCCAAAACUCCCCUCGGCGACACGGUAUACACGACUCUGCAUAGAUCCUUCCACCUCUUAGCGAUUUAUACCCUUGUUUCGAUUUUCGUUUCACUGCUGUGGUUAGCGGCAUUGCGAUCGUAUGUGCGACCUGUUGUUUACACCAUUCUGAUCAGCGUCCCCGUCAUCCUCUACUCCUUCUCGUUCUACUCGUUCGUCUCCAGCUUCAAAGGCACCCGGUCCGCAUCCAGCAUACAGGACACGGUGAUGAGAUGGACCGCCUUCAUACCGGCAGCCCUGGCAACACUCUGGAUCCUCUGUGUCAUUCGAGGCCGUCACUCCCUUCACAAAGCCAUCUCCAUCCUAGAAUUCGGCACCCGUAUCCUCGCAGCCAACUCGGCUCUUCUUGCACAAGGAUUCGCCGUCCUCGCCCUCAUCGUCUCCUGGACCUGGCUCUGGCUCUCCAUGUUCACGCGCGUCUUCCUCGGAGGGCACCUCUCCACACGUUCGUCGGUCGGCCGGUUCAUAAUCGACGCCUCAACCUGGUGGUUGGGAGCCUACUUCAUCCUCAUGUACCUCUGGACCAUUGCCAUGAUCUUCGGCAUCCAGCGAUCCGUCACCUCAGCCACAGUCUCACAGUGGUACUUCCACCGCCUCGCCGUGCCCGCGCCCACAAGCCUAACAAUCGUCCAGGCAGCCCUCACCCAUGCCCUCACCACCCUCUUCGGCACCAUCGCCCUCUCCACAGGCCUGAGCCUGCUCAUCCGCCUCCCCCUCCUCAUCCUGCCCCGGCGUAUCGCAUUCCUCCUAAGCGCAGCGACAUAUUCAUUCAUUCCCACCCCCGUCGUCGCGCUCAUCAAUCCACUAACCCUGACAUACGCAUCCAUCCACUCUCAACCGCUAAGCACAUCGGCGCGCGGUCUCUCACAGCUCCACUUCCUAGGCUCAACAGCAACCAACAACGCCGCAACGACCAGUCUCUAUCCCAACACCUUCUCCUCCCCUCCUUACCAUGCCGCCAGCAACAGGCGCGGUGGAGCAAGCGAUGGCUGGACCUCCAACACUACCCCCUUGCUACCCUACAGACUAGCAAAACUUCUCCUCCACGCCACCCGCCUCAUCAUGUCCCUAGCCCUCGGCUUCGGGGGAUGGGUCUCCACUGCCCAUUCUCUCAGAAUAUCCGGGAGCGUGAAGGGUAGUUUGUACGCGUAUAUUGUCGGCCUGAUUGCCGGCGCGAUCGGGUGGGGAGUCUUGGGCAGUAUGGAGGGUGUGCUUGCGGGGGUGGUGGAUGCGGUCGUCGUCUGUUGGGGCAGUGAGGUAGGGAAUCCGCUUGCUGGUGGGAGAGGGGAGGCGAGGUAUUGUAGGGAGGCGGGAUGGUUGUUCGGUGGUGAGGAGAACGGAGAGGCUGGGGUGGGUGGUGCAAGGGGAGAGGUUGCCCUACCGUGA